AUGCCGGGGACAUCUAUGAGUGGUACUGGUUUGUUUGAUAUAGCGACAGAAAAUUGUCUACCUAGUAAGAGACCAAGGUCUGAUUCUUCUAGCUCUGGUACAUCUUCGUCAACUAGCACAUCUUCAUCGACAUCAUCUAGUACAUCUUCAGGUAAGGACUUUUCCCCUGAUGAAGCAGAUAACGAUCCUGACUACGUAGAACCAGUUGCACUUACACGACGUGUUUCAACAUCUUCAUCUAGCUCUUCUCUUCAACAUGAUAAUGGUAUGCAGCAAGUACAUAUCGAAGCUUUGAGUCACGAGGUAGUGCAAGAAAUUGAUUCAAUUCAGCAGGCAAGGAUUCACGAGGUAGUGAAAGAAGUUGAUUCAGUUCAGCAACCAAGGAUUCCCGAGGUAGUGCAAGAAGUUGAUCAAAUCCAGUAG